AUGCCUCUGUGUGACUGUCCGGUGGGGCCUCCAGUGGGGCCCACCUUGGCGUCUGCGUGCGGUGGGAGUUCCUUCAUGCUCUUCAUGGGCCUCUUGGAGGUCUUCCUGCGCUCACAAUGCGACCUCGAGGAUCCCUGCAACCGGCCAAAAACCCGAUCGGCCCCAGACAUUGAGUACGACUUCAUAGUUGUGGGUGGCGGAUCCGGAGGAGCUGUGGUGGCGUCGCGUCUCUCUGAAGUCCCUCACUGGAAGGUCCUUCUCAUAGAAGCCGGCGGUGAUGAGCCGACGGGCGUGCAAAUCCCAUCGAUGUUCCUCAACUUUAUCGGCAGCGACAUCGACUGGGCCUUCCGCACGGAACCGGAAAGAAAUGCCUGCCUCUCGUCGCCGGAACAGAGAUGCUAUUGGCCACGUGGGAAAGUGCUCGGCGGCACGUCGGUGAUCAACGGCAUGAUGUACAUCCGAGGAAAUCCACAGGAUUACGACGAGUGGGAGUCACUGGGAAAUCUCGGCUGGGGCUAUGACGAUGUGCUGCCGUUCUUCCUGAAGGCCGAGGACAAUCAGCAGAUGGACGAGGUGGACGAGAACUUCCACGCCACCGGAGGACCUCUUCCGGUCUCCAAGUUCCCCUACCACCCGCCCUUCUCUUAUGGCAUUCUCAAGGGUGGCCAAGAGCUGGGCUUUGGUGUACAUGACCUCAACGGGGCCAACAGCACGGGCUUUAUGAUUGCGCAGAUGACCAGCAAGAACGGCAUCAGAAUGAGCACAGCACGAUCGUACAUUCGGCCCGCGCGCGAUCGCUCCAAUCUCCACAUAAUGCUGAACACGACAGUGACCAAAGUUCUGGUCCAUCCAAUGUCGAAGAGCGCUCACGGUGUUGAGAUAAUUGACAAGAUUGGACACACGCGGAAGAUUCUGGUGAAGAAGGAGGUCAUCGUGAGCGGAGGCGCCGUCAACUCACCACAGAUCCUCAUGCUGAGCGGCAUCGGGCCCAAGGAGGAUCUCAUGAGGGUUGGAGUGCGUCCCAUUGUCGACCUUCCCGGCGUCGGUCGCAAUCUGCACAAUCACGUGGCAUACUUCGUGAACUUCUUCAUCAACGACUCUGACACGGCAGCCCUUAAUUGGGCAACGGCUAUGGAGUAUCUCCUCUUCCGCGAUGGCCUGAUGUCUGGCACAGGGAUUUCCGAUGUCACCGCGAAGAUCUCCAGCAGAUUCGCCGAGGACAGAAACAGUCCGGAUUUGCAAUUCUAUUUCGGCGGUUUCCUCGCUGACUGCGCCAUGACUGGUCAGGUUGGGGAGCUGAGAUCCAAUGGUUCCCGUUCCAUUCAGAUCUUCCCAGCUGUGCUGCAUCCCAAGAGUCGCGGAUACAUCACUCUGGCCAACAAUGAUCCUCUGGCUCAUCCCCAGAUUGUGGCCAACUAUCUCACCGAGGAGAUCGACGUGAAGGUGCUUGUGGAGGGCAUCAAAUUCGCGAUAGCCUUGUCCGAGACGCCUUCUCUGAGGGCCUAUGGAAUGCAGCUGGACCGAACUGCAAUUCCAGCCUGUGCCAAUCUGGGAUUCGGCACGCAACAGUACUGGGAGUGCGCCGUGAAGCAGAACACCGGACCGGAGAACCAUCAAGCUGGAUCCUGCAAGAUGGGGCCUCUUCGGGAUCCGUACGCUGUCGUGGAUCACGAACUGAGGGUCCACGGAGUGCGCGGUUUGAGGGUAAUCGACGCGUCCAUCAUGCCGAAAGUAACAUCUGGGAACACAAACGCCCCCGUUAUCAUGAUUGCCGAGAAGGGCGUCCACCUCAUUCGACGGGCCUGGGGAGCUCGCUAAGUAAUUCCCCCAUCAAUUCCCGCCCCCUUUUGUAUGAUUUUUUCCUCGACACGAGCUUAGAGAAGACAUCACUCUGAGAUUAAGAUUGUAAUAGGCGACGUCCCUUCGAGACAAUAAAUUUAAUUAGGAAAUUUCAGAUAUAUUCUGCGCCACGCGUGGGCGCGCUUUCUCUUCCC